AAAUCAUGUGCGAGGAAAUCAAGGCAAUUCGGAAAGUCGACGGAGUUGAGCCAAAGAUGAAAUCAACAGCGAGAAAUUGCCAGUCAUAAAAAAAGGGAAACGCAAGUGCUUCCAGCAAUAAACUUCCACCGCCAACUGUGGCGACCAAUAGUCAAGGAACCAUGGCCACCAGUACGUCAAACAUGCCCCGCAACGGUGGCUUCUGUGGUGCACUGCAGCGGGCCCCGCCGCCGAUGCCACCAACUCUCAUCCGCCGCCUGAGUAGCCGGGAGUGCUACGGAGUGGGCAAGGUGAAGGUCAUGCUGCGGGUGGCGGACCGGGACAGGAACUCCGGCGGAACGGAGCCGGACUUUAUGGCCUUGGACAAGAAGAAGCGACAGGUCACGCUCACCGAUCCGAGAACCGCGUGUCCACCGCCCCAGGCUGCCCAGGAACGGGCACCCAUGGUGGCCGCCCCCAAAAUGUUUGCAUUCGAUAACCUCUUCACCGCGGAGGAUAAGCAGGCGGAUGUGUGUGCAUCGGCGCUGAGCGAAGUGAUACCCGCCGUGCUCGAAGGCUCCGAUGGCUGCCUGCUGGCCAUGGGAUAUCCUGCCACCGGCCAGGCCCAAACGGUGUUGGGCGAGCUGGGCGGUGGUGGUGGGAGUGGGAGUGGGAGUGGCAGUGGCAGUGGGGGGGCGUGUUCCCUGGGAGCAGCCCCCUGCGCCAUCGCCUGGCUGUACAAGGGCAUCCAGGAGAGGCGGCAGAAGAGCGGAGCGCGCUUCUCGGUGCGGGUCAGUGCCGUGGGCGUCAGUGCCACCAAGCCGGAUGCGCUCUCGCAGGAUUUGCUCAUCUCGCAUGCAGCCGAAUCUGACGACUCCCCGGGGAUUUAUUUGCGUGACGACUUCCUUGGCGGUCCAACGGAACUACGUGCACCCACCGCCGAGCGUGCGGCCCUCUUUCUCGACUCUGCGCUCGCCGGACGCUUAAAAAGUUCCGGUUCCACGGCAUCUGGGAGUACUGGAUGUGCCGCCGCCCCCUUGGAGUCCGCCCUCAUAUUCACGCUGCACGUCUACCAGUACAGCCUGUCCCGCAAGGGAGGUGUGGCUGGCGGCCGGAGCCGUUUACAUAUCAUCGACCUGGGCGGGUGUGCGAAUCGCAGCGGGGGACUGCCGCUGUCGGGGAUCGGCAACAUACUGCUGGCGAUACUAUCCGGCCAGAGGCAUCCCCCACACAAGGACCACCCGCUGACCCCGCUGCUCAAGGACUGCCUGGCCCCCAUCACCUGCCAUGUGGCCAUUGUGGCCCAUGUGCGACCGGAGCAGAGCUACCAGGAUGCCCUCUCCACCAUUCAAAUCGCAUCCCGAAUUCAUCGCCUGCGUCGCAGGAAACAUCGUGUUCCCAUGCCCUUGGCUGUGGGCUUGGCCCAGGGACUCGGCGGCAAUGGCUCCUCAGCGGGAUCGGGUGCGGAUCCCUCCAGUUCGGAAAUCUCCGCCUACACUGUCAUCUACAUGGGACCCAAUGACGAUGCCACGGAUGGGGAACAUCCGCCCGUAUAUCUGCCAUCGCUGACUGCGGGGGAUAAUCGCGGGGUGAUGAGCAAAGCCCUCAAGGGGAGUGGGCUGGAGAAACCCCUCUCGAAGUCAGCCUCCAACAGUCCCAUGAUGAUGAAAAAAGCCCUGGCAGCGGAAAAAGCUAAAAAGCUGCCGGGAAGCCACACGGGCAGCUUAAAGCGUCAGGCGGGAGCGGGAGCCUGCUCCUCCCCAACGAUUGCCCACGAGCAGCCACAAGUGCAGGCCAUGGGUUCGCCGAUACCGAUACCACGGCACAUGGUGUCCAAGGGUUCGAUGGUGCCCUCGCCGAAGGGAUCGCCCAUGCGAAGAGCCCAUCCGGGAGCGGCUCUCGAGCAGCUGGAGGCGGGAAUGCGGAAAAUAACGGAAGAGCAGUGGAUCGAUGGACCGCGAGUGUCCAGGGCCAAGGUGGCGGAAGCUCGUCAUCUGAUGAGGGAGGGUAAUCAUGUGAAGCAAUGCGAAACCUGGGGGGAUGGUCCCAAGUCGCAGUCCUGCAGAUCCCUGACAGCCGGCAAUCUUCCAGCAGCCGGUGGCAGUCAGGCGCAGGGCUACGGGUUUAUGGAUGCCCACAAGAAGACCAUGAUUCGACAGUGGGUGGAGAAUCAGACAACGCAAGUCUUCCAAAGUACAGUGUCCGCCAGUAAUUCCCCCACUGCUCUGCACUGGAAACUCUCGCAGCUGAAGCAGAAAUCGCUGGAUCUACCAGACAGACCUGCUUUCAAUCCGGAACCCUCCUUGGAUCUCAAUCAGCCGUGCUUCGAGAGUUUACCCCUCCUGGAUCCUGCUCCACCGGAUGGCGACGAGGACGAGGACAGCGGUCCCUCAGAGGUUCCCCCUGCUCUUCCACUGCUGGAUGAUCCCCUCGGCUCCAGGGACAUCUCACAGGAUAACCUGCACCGGAUGCUCUCGCGGCAUGUGUCCAGGGAACAGCUUCAUGAGGCUGAACUGGUGGCCAGUCGAGCGUCAUCCUCGCAUCAUCCAUCCCAGCGGAGUAUUGAUUGUGGGCUGCAAGUCACAGAGGAGGAGAUUGCCAGGACCAUGUCCAGAGAUCGGGAUCACGAUCCCAGUGCACAUCCGCUAUCAGCUCUGAGUCACUGCGACAACAUCUCCUUCGUGGCCAGCUUCAACAUGGCCUGUGAAUCCUUCAGCGAGUGCGGCGAAAGAGCAAGACAACAAUUUGAUCAGCUGGCUCGCCUGCAUGAGAUCUUCACCUCCCAACUGGCCAUGGCCGAGGUCACGCCCUCCGCCGCCCUUUUCCGUACCGAUAUUGGAAGUGUGUUCAGUGAGCCCGUGUAUCACUUCAAUGUUGGCCAGAGUAGCGUUUGCAGCGAACCAGCCUACAGAUUGACCCCCAGUCCGCCAAAGCAACCGUCGCACAGUCCAAGUCAAGGCUCACUGCCCAGCUUGAACGGCAUCAUGGAGAUAGCAGGGAUGGAUGAUUAUGCUCUACUCCGCCAGCCAGACGGCGCCUCCGAUCCCAAUCUGCAGAAGGGAGAGAAGAGAUUUACCCCACAGCACGAUGAUAUUUGCGAACUGGAUGAGAAAUCCAUGGCGGCGGCGGUGGGCAAGAGAAACUCUCUGGAGGAUGCACAGCACAAGCUGAACGAGAUCACGAAUAUCCUGCCCCUGGCUGCCCAAUCGCGACUUCCCCUGCUGCCCCUGAAUACCAGCUCCGAGGCCUACGACAGUGGUCACGAUUCCAACUCCACUCCGAGGACUUCCAAGCACUCGGGCAUAUCCCGAAGGGCGGAGAGUGGCUAUCACAGUGUGGCCACCGUGCGGGAUUCGGAUGAGAGUAGCUUCGCGUCCGGCAUGUCCAAGGGUCAGCGGCAUCGCAUCACCGUCUCAGGAACGGGAGCAGUCACAUCGGCGGGCAUCGGAAAUUAUCAGAGGCAGUGCCACAAGAAGCGACAUCGACAGGAUCAGGCUGGCAACAAUAAAGGCCUCUGCAACUGGCUCUUGACUCCCUUUUCCUGCACUUAUCCAGAGACUGAGGGUGAGAUCAGCGAUUUUUAGAGAGCAACUAGCGACAAGCCACCGCAUCCAAGUCCAAAACGCCCACCAAAAAACCACGCAAAGAACCGAGCUAGUCCAGCAUUCAAAAUGGCCAAACAUAGACA